AUGCAGGACGUGUACGAUAGCGAGACUGAGAGCGAGAGCGACUGCGAGGAGGCGUUCCCGCCGCGCGGCGGUGUGCAGCACAGCAACGGGGCGUACAAGCAGGAGAAGCACGGGGCUGGCAACCUCGGGGGCGUGCGCCGCUACGAGUCGUACGAGACCCACGAGGACGGCGGGCGCCGCUAUGAGUCCUACCAGAGCACCGUCCAGUACACCGCCGGCCGCGGCGGCUACGCUACGUGCUCCCCGAUCAAGAACCGCCACCUCCUUCGCUACGGCGCGUAA